CUGCCGCCGCCCGCGCCACCGCCGCCGCCCCCGGGCGCGCUGGACGCCCUGUCACUCAGCAGCAGCCUAGACAGCGGGCUCCGAACCCCCCAGUGCAGGAUCUGCUUCCAGGGCCCCGAGCAGGGGGAGCUCCUGAGCCCUUGCCGCUGCGACGGCUCAGUGCGCUGCACACAUCAGCCCUGCCUCAUCCGCUGGAUCAGCGAGAGGGGCUCCUGGAGCUGUGAGCUCUGCUAUUUCAAGUACCAGGUCCUGGCGAUCAGCACCAAGAACCCACUGCAGUGGCAGGCCAUCUCUCUGACAGUCAUCGAGAAAGUCCAGAUUGCGGCCAUAGUUCUGGGUUCUCUCUUCCUCGUCGCCAGCAUCUCCUGGCUCAUCUGGUCCUCACUCAGCCCUUCAGCCAAGUGGCAACGGCAGGAUCUGCUCUUUCAGAUCUGCUACGGCAUGUACGGCUUCAUGGAUGUCGUCUGCAUAGGCCUCAUCGUUCACGAAGGCUCCUCAGUCUACCGCAUCUUCAAGCGCUGGCAGGCAGUGAACCAGCAGUGGAAGGUCCUGAAUUAUGACAAGACUAAGGACAUCGGAGGAGAUGCAGGGGGAGGGACGGCAGGGAAGCUGGGCCCUAGGACCUCACGGACAGGCCCCCCAUCUGGGGCCACCAGCCGCCCCCCGGCUGCCCAGCGCAUGCGGACGCUCUUGCCUCAGCGCUGUGGUUACACGAUCCUGCACCUCCUUGGACAGCUGCGGCCACCAGAUGCCCGUUCCAGCUCCCAUUCUGGCCGUGAGGUUGUCAUGAGGGUCACCACGGUCUGAAGUGGAUGCCAGGAGCGGGGAUCUUGGGUCAAUGCACUGGCCAGAGAUGAGCUCUCAUGGCUGCUGACCACACUCCUGGCUGGAGGUACCACCUGGACAAGGUGUCUGGGGCACACUUACUGCUCCCACCACUGAGGAUCUCUGCGGGCAGCCUCAAGGUGGAGACAUUGUCUGGCCUCUACUGCCCAUUGAGUAGAGAUACCUGGAUGACAUCCAGCCCUCACUGACAGCUCCUCACACUCAUCCUCGGGCAGCCAGUGGGCAGAUGGGGAGAGCAGCUUUUCUUCCCUGGAGAGAACCAUCCU